AUGGGAGUAACUUCUGAAAUCCGAGAUCAUCUCUUAUCACAACCCCCAUCAUUUAAAAAGAAGAAAGAAUACGUAUUGGAAGAAUUACUCGGUAGAGGUGGUUUUGGUAAAGUUGUUAGAGCUACUUGGACACCUAGAGUUGGAGAGAAACAAGAGGUUGCUUUAAAAAUCAUCCAUAAAAAACUCGUCAAAGAUGAUAUCAAUUCAGUCAUGGAUGAAAUCAACGUUUUGAAAGGAUUAGAUCAUCCUAAUAUCGUACAUGUCUGGGAUCAUUUCGAAUCUCGAGAUAAAUAUUACCUCACAUUCGAACUUGCCGUAGGAGGAGAAUUGUUCGACCGGAUCACUCAUAGAGGGAGGUUCACAGAGAAAGAUGCUGUGGAUUGUAUUCGACAAGUCCUCGAAGCAACCGCUUACCUCCACGCUCACAAUAUCGUCCAUCGCGAUCUUAAACCUGAGAAUAUCUUGUAUAAAACUAAAGCUUCCGAUUCACCAAUCGUCAUUGCUGAUUUUGGCAUUGCAAAACAUCUAGAGCCUGAUGAAGAGUUGACUGCUAUGGCAGGUAGUUUAGGGUAUGCCGCACCGGAGAUAUUGUUAGGUACGGGACAUGGUGUUAAGGUUGAUUGUUGGAGUAUAGGGGUUAUUGCAUAUACACUCUUAUGUGGCUAUCCACCUUUCCGCUCGGAAGACAAACAAGAACUAGCAAAGGAAACUACCAGAGGAAAGAUUGUCUUCCACGAUCGAUAUUGGAAAAAUGUUUCACAAGAAGCUAAAGACUUUAUCAAAGCCAUGUUACAGGUCGAUCCUAAGAAACGUUUGAGUGCGGCUGAAGCAUUACGACAUCCUUGGCUCACAUCUGGUCAAGCGACGGAUCAUGACUUAUCAAGCGCUUUGAAAGAAAACUUUAACGCUAGAAGAAAAUGGACAAAAGCUUUCUUAGCAGUCAACGCUGCUAAUCGACUUCGAUCAGCACGUUCUUCACCUACUUCAUCCCUUGCUCCAACAUCGAUAGCUUCAGCAACUUCAAACUCCGGUAGAUCAUUAUCAGCAUCUUCUUCGAAAUCUGUAGUUCCUCAAAUACUUACACCUUUAUCAGUCACGGAAGAUGAA